UUCGACCCAAAUUAUUGUAUGAAAGAGGGCUCGCGGGGGAUCGAGGUUCUUGGCCGCCUCUCGCUUGCUUGUUUCUCCGACAACGCCGACUACAAUUCCAGGGAGUUUGGGCGGGGGCGAAGAGAGAAAGAGCCAUGCCGGCGCUUACUUGCAACGCUUGCAACAAGGAGUUCGACGACGAGGUGAAGCAGAAGCUCCAUUACCGGUCCGAAUGGCACCGUUACAAUCUCAAAAGAAAGGUUGCAGGAGUCCCAGGAGUAACAGAAGAGUUAUUCCAAGCUAGACAGUUCGCUCUUGCCGAAGAGAAUAGCAAGCUGAGUGCAACACCAAUGCUCUAUGGAUGUGCUCUUUGUGGCAAGGACUAUAGAAGUUCAAAGGCACAUGCUCAGCAUCUUAAAUCACGAGCUCAUGCUAUGAAAACAUUAGAGAACGUGGGCCCUUCAGCUACAGUUAUUACAACAGUAAAACCAUACGCUGCUCGAACAUUAAAUAAGACAACUAGAAUGGCUCAAGUCAUUGGAGAAAAUGAGGAUGAUGAUGAUGAGAGUGAAGAUGAAUGGGAAGAAGUCAAUCCUAAUGACAUGGCUGUGGCUUCCGAAUCUUUGUCAUUUUUGCAUGUUGAGGAUCGCAAAGUUGCUGAUGAUGAUGAGCAAGAUGAUGCCAUUGAUGAAGAAUUGGAUACCUCUUGUUGCUUUAUUUGUGAUCAAAAGUAUGAGAGCAUAGAAAGUUGUAUGGUUCAUAUGCACAAGCAGCACGGUUUCUUCAUACCUGAUAUUGAAUAUUUGGAGGAUCCUGAGGGCCUUCUUACAUAUGUUGGUCUUAAGGUAAAGAGGGAUUUUGCGUGUUUGUACUGCAGUGAUAGAUGUUUUUCCUUUCAAAGCUUGGAAGCUGUAAGGAAGCAUAUGAUUGCUAAAGGUCAUUGUAAAUUGCGUUAUGGAGAUGGUGGUGAUGAUGAGGAUGUGGAUUUGGAAGAUUUCUAUGAUUAUAGUAGCAGUUAUGCGGAUGUAGAUGGUGAGCAAUUGAUGUCUGUAGAAAACAUGGAAAAUAGCGUUGAACUCGGAAGUGGAGGUGCUGAGCUCAUCAUAAAGCAAAAAACAGAAACUGGAGUGCUUGUUCGGACUCUAGGAUCUCGGGAAUUUCUUCGAUACUAUCGCCAAAAACCACGGCCAUCCCCUACACGUGAAAUUGCAUUGGCUCUUUCUUUAGCAACAAGGUAUCGCAGCAUGGGCUUGGCAACAGUACAUUCGAAGGAGUCAAUUGUUAGGAUGAAAGUUAUUAGGGAGGUAAACCGUCGUGGAGUUGAAGCCAUGCGCUCGAAGAUUGGGAUGAGGAGUAAUGUCAUUAGAAAUCUCCCCAAGAAUGUGCCAUAUUAAAGCAGAGCGAGCAAUUUUAUUUGCCUAUUUAUUAUAGUAGAAUGAAAACGACCUUACUGGAGCAGAAUUAGCAUCAAGUGCUUUUUCAUAUUUGUACGCUCCUGUUUGAUACAUUUUGUUCUCUAUGCUUAUUUUGUAAUGGUUUUCUGAUAUUUGCUUCACAGUAUAACAUAAAUAGAUUCUUCAUGGCCUUGUAGAAUCAUGCAGCAACAAAGCUUUUUAUUUCUUCUUGUUU